AUAUAUAUUCCCUCUUCCCUUAUCUCUUUCGUGUGGACAGAUUAUAUCACAACAGAGUUUUAAAAUAUAUAAAAAAUCAAAAAAAGGGGAGGGGAUUAUUAUACUUUGAAGGAAAAAAAAAUCAAGAAACCUUCCUUUUUUUCUCCUUUGAUUUUCCCCGUAUGAGGUCCUGAAAUUGUUCGAAUCCCCUUUUUUUGUAAUUUUUUUCAUCUAAUUCUCAGUUUUCUUUUCUAUUUAUUUUUCUCGAGUUCUUUUUUUGGGAUAAAUUAUCAUGGGGACUGAAAUUUUACGGCCUCAGGAUUGUUUGAUUGAACGGAUCCGUGUUUCUUCGACGGCUUGUUCUCGUCGGAGAUAUGGAAAUGGUAGCUUUAAUCCUACCUAUAAUUAUAAUAAUAGUUAUAGCAAUAACAGCAACGGGAACGUUAGAUUUACCAGGAAACCGGUCCAGAGGAAGCGAGUCGGGUCGGAGCAGCGGGUUUCGAAGAGAUCUGGCUCCGUCGAUGACUUGAAGACGGUGGCGAACAAUUUCAAGAUGGAGAAGGUUACGAUUUUGAGGCGUGGAGAGUCGUUGGAUUCGAAGAUCAAGAGCAACAGCGGCGGUGGAAAGGAAGACGGGUUGGUUGUCACGGGUACGGAUCGGUUAGGUCCAGAUCCAGAAAUGGUUUCGAAACAGAUCAGAUUUGUGGAUAUCAAGUCUCCGGUGACAGGAAAAUCCGACGUGUACGCUGGAUCGGCUUUCGCUGCCUCUCCGGAACCGAGUUCUCUUCCUUUGCCUUCUUUCUCGAAGAAGAAGCAUGUUCCGAUCGAUGAUUCGGCCACUAGAGAUCUCAGGCGUAUACUCCGACUUGAUAUCUGAGAUCUGAAUAUGUUCACCCGAGUAGAUAUAUUCGGAUCCAGAAUAAGAUCGUUUCGUCUCUAUUUAGAACUCUCCGGUAGUUUCAAGAUCCGAUUACCUCCGUAAUAUUUUUUCAAAAACAGAGGGCAGAUUUGAAAAUGGGAGAUAACAUUAGGGGCGAUUAGGGAAAUAUUCCAUGUUGAUGUUGUUAUGGGUAGUACGGAGCUAAAAAUCUGUGUUUUAAUUAUUGGGAUGAUUAUGAAAAUAAAGGCAAAGCAGGGGGUUGAUAUAAAAAUAUUAGGGGAAUAUUAGGUAUGGGGGCUUUGAAAUGUUUUCUACUCUGUUGUGAAAAGUAAAAAGAAACUAAAAAGCUGUGCUUUAAUUUAUGGGGAUGAUUAUGAAAAGAAGGGACAAUUAAUGGGGUUGAUAUAUAAUAUUAGGGGGAAUGGGGUUGAGUUUUUAAAUGUCGAGCUAUGAAAUGUUUUCUGCUCUGUUGUGAAAAAAGAAAGUUUGUAAGAGA